AUGCCUACGAAAACCGAUUACAAUGAAGCUCUAUAUGGGAUGUAUCGCCUGCAGACAACCUACAGAUUAGAUCCGGUUGAAAUAUGCAAGAAACUUAAUGCUUUAGAUUGCCUUAUGAUAGGUUCUAUUCAUUACCUGGAUGAAAACUUCCAGGGAGCCGAACGUUGGUUCCAGUUGGCUCUUAAAAAGUACUAUACUGAUUCAAAUUCGAAGCAGUUUGAUAUCUUUGGAUACUCAAAAGAUUUUAUUUUGAAACUGCUAAUGAAGGCGGCUAAAAGUUCUGGUCGAUACAAAACUGCUUUGGAAUAUGCCGAGAAGGGCCUGCAUUUGGCACCUAUAAAAAGUGAAGAGUUAAACCUGGAUCCACCUAUAAAUAUGUAUCACAACCUAAUCCAUGAUGAGGAGAUCGAAAUGCUUAAGACUUUAUCUAAUCCACACUUGAAGCGCAGCCAGUUUUACACAUCUUCAGAUGAGGUAAUUGAAGACUUCUCCAAUCUUCGUACGUGCAAAACCGUGCGAUUAAAGGAUGAUGUGCAUUAUGGCUUAUUGAAGAAUUUGAACCAACGUGUAACUGAUGCCACGGGCUUAAGUGUAAAAGAGUCUGAGGAUCUGCAGAUUAGUAACUAUGGCAUUGGUGGGCAUUUAUAUGAGCAUGAGGACUCUUCGCAAUCAACUGAGGCGGAUUUUUGGACCUCCGGCAACCGCAUUAUUACGGCCUUGUACUAUUUAAGUGAAGUGGAGCAGGGCGGCGAAACUGUUUUUCCAUUUCUAGAUCUACGUGUUCGCACACAAAAGGGAUCCUUGUUGGUAUGGUACAAUUUGCUAUCAAAUGGAACCAGCGAUUGGCGAGUGACACAUGUAUCUUGCCCAAUUAUCAAGGGCGAUAAGUGGAUUGCCACCAAAUGGCUCAGGGGAAAUCCGCAAAUGUUUAUUCGACCUUGCCCCGUGAAGAUGAAACUACAGCCCGAAUAUUGCGAUAAGACUUAUAUGAGAAAGUUUUUUAAGGAAACUGAAGAACAUUAUCAAUAA